GUACAACUGUUUCAGGUCAAUGUGCUUACACAUACUGCAGAGGUGAGAUAUACAAGGGAACAGAUGAAAUGGAUAGACGAGUUGAAACAAAAACAUCGAAAGCAAGAUCAAAGAGACAGUAUUGAAGUUUGUCAGGAUCUUAAGAAAACAAUUGACAAUACCACAUACAGCAACAAUCUUGUAUGCAGGGCAGAUGAACGAUGUGACACUAAUGGUCAUGUCACAUUGGAGGGGAGAAUUCCUUUAAGUGCAGCAAAUAUGGUUAAGACUGGAGAAGGAGAAGCCAGUCCAAAAGAUAUGAAUGGGACUUAUGGAACUUCAAGAACUUCUGGAAAUGUAUUGGAUGCAGCUGAGGGAGGUGCGAUCUGGGAUAUUUUCAGGAGAGAGGAUGUUCCUAAGCUGCAGGUUUAUCUAAAAAAACACUUCAGGGAAUUCAGGCACACUCAUUGUUGUCCUAUGCCUCAGGUUACGCAUCCAAUACAUGAUCAAACCUUUUAUUUGUCUAGGGAGCACCUAAGGAAGCUAAAGGAGGAAUUUGGAAUAGAACCCUGGACAUUUGUGCAGAAGCUUGGUGAUGCUGUCUUCAUUCCUGCUGGCUGUCCUCAUCAAGUCCGGAAUGUGAAGUCGUGUAUCAAGGUUGCACUUGACUUUGUUUCUGCUGAAAAUGUUGGUGACGGCAUCCGCUUAACAGAGGAAUUUCGUUUACUUCCCAAAAACCAUCGAGCCAAAGAGGACAAGUUGGAGAUUAAGAAAAUGAUGAUUUAUGCUGUCAAACAGGCUGUCGAGUGUUUGGAGAAUGUGGGGCCCUGAGCAGAUGUUGCAUCCAUCUGGUAUAAAGUUCAAGCAGUACGCUGCUUUGGGUUAUGGUUAUGGUUUUUUUCUCAAUGGUAGACUUUGUCCGAUCAUCCCACAAUUAAAGUGAUCACUUGGUUCUUUUUUGUAAUAUCGUCCUUUGGCUUGGUUGGAGCUGGUGUACAUAGUCUGAAAAAUUGACAGGCAGCAGAAGUCUGAAAUUAAUGAAUAGUCAGUGCACUAUAAGUUGCCAAGUGUGAUUCCAAGUCUUUAUCAUAUUUUUGAGUUAUAGUUGUGUCUCAUUGA